AAAGUCUAACGGGCGGUUUUACUGUGUGGUGCUAAGCAAAUAUUAUUAUUAUUUUUUACCAAAGCCUUUUUUUAUUCAAAGUAAAAGUAAUAUCCAUGCUUUUGUGGCAAGCCAGAAAUGAAGCCGUGAAAUUUUGCCAAAUAUCAAAAAGCGUCGCCAUUUUUUAGUAAUAUUUUUGUUGCAUAUAAAAAAAGUGUUUGCAUUUGUGGCAUCCUGUUCAUAGUAUGCUGUACAUUUUCAAGGAUAACGCAGCGCAGCACUUCGUUCAGAUGCAAAUAAUUAGUGUGAAUAACGGUAUUCAGCGUUGAGUAUUACGCGUUUGACCACAAAAUAAAAGAGAAAAUAAUCUGCAUACAUAUAUAUAUAUAAAUAAAAUUGUACAAAGUGCGGCCAAAAUCAAUAUUGUGAUAUUUACAAAAACAAAAAAGUCCAAAUAACGAAACGAAAUUACGAAUCAAAAGUAGUGAAACGAAAAACGAGCAACAAAAAUCCAAUAAAAAAAGCAGUGAAUUUAAUUCGAAUUUAAAGCGCUUAAGUAAAGUAAAGCGAGCACUCAGUGUAAUAAAAAGCGAAAACAACAAAAAAGUAGAGAAACAAAAAAUAAGCAAAAAAAAGAAGAAAAAUAAGCAAAAACAUCCGAUCAACCAAUUGCCAUGAUAAAAAAGUUGCGCAGCAAAACGCCAAACAUCAAUUAAUUUUGCUCAACGCCGAAAGCGAAAAAUUCAAAAUAAAAAAACACAAACCAAAAAAACAGCAGCCCAAAAAUGUGCACGAAAACAUCGAAAACGCCGUUGCUCUUAAUUGGCGGCGUCUGCUUCGUCAUCGUGCUGGUCGGCAUUACUGGCGUGACGCUGAUCAAUAAUCUCAAUUUGUCCAACAUCAUCAAGCUAAACGAGAAAGUCGCCAGCGACAGCAUGAGCUCACACGACGCCGAAUUGCGCGAUAUGAAUUACGCCAAUAAUCAUCCGAAAAACAUAUACAAAUUCGAUGAAUUCUCCGCGCCCUAUGCACUGGCUGUAGGCCCACACCCACAGUCGCUGCCAGCGGCCGCAGCGCAGUACUCAGUUGUAGCCGCAGCGGCAGCAUACUUAACAGGGGAUGACGGUAUGCCGGAGCAAAAUCCAGCCUCAGCAGUUGUUGAGGCCAGUGGUGCGACGCUAAUUGGACGACCGACGGCAGCAUUAGUAGAUGCUGCGGCGAAUAGUGGUAAUGCGGCGACAGCAGCAGCGUCGGCGCAUGCGAUUACGCAGUCCAAUGGACGACAGCAUGAGAGAUUGCAGAGCAGAGAUAUUGCUGCCGCUAGCAGUAAAGGCAACGCUGCAGCCGCAAAUGAAAAUGCGAAUGCAUCAGCGGCAUUGGUCAAUAAUCCACAGGUAAAUACUACGACACCAUCCGAUGCGUCAAUAUUUGUUGCUGAUAGUGCCGCACAACCAGCGCCAAGCAAUCGUAGUAGUUUUAGUGUCGCAGCUUCCAUAAAUUCGAGUGCCUACAGCACUUCACCAUCAUCGGUAGCAUCUCCAUCAGCAUCAGCAUCAGUUACAGCAUCAUCAGUCAGUGUUGACAUUGCUGCUAAAUUGAUGUUGCCGCUGAUUCUCAAUGGCAGCGCAAGGAUAACGCCCGGAUUUAGCAGUGGCAAUGGACAGAUGAACGCGAAUGAAGAGCAAGGUUUUGCGUUUAAUACACUUUUGAGCUUGAAAAGUGAUAACGGUACAAAAGAUAUUUCCGAUAUGCAUCAAUCGAAGCAUGUGUUGGCGUCGUCAGAGCGUUUAGUAGUGCCCGCAUCCGGACAAGGUGUUGAUGAGGAGCGACGUGAUUUUGUAGUGAAGAUGAUGCAGCACGCCUGGGACAACUACAAGCUCUAUGCAUGGGGCAAGAACGAACUUCGACCGCUCAGUCAACGUCCACAUUCGGGCAGUAUUUUUGGCAUCUACGAUCUGGGCGCCACCAUAGUCGACGGUCUGGACACGCUCUAUCUAAUGGGGUUGGAGAAGGAGUACCAAGAGGGACGCGAUUGGAUUGAACGAAAGUUUUCGCUGGACAACGUUAGCGCCGACCUGUCUGUAUUCGAGACGAAUAUACGCUUUGUGGGUGGCUUGUUGACACUCUAUGCAUUCACCGGUGAUAAUUUAUAUAAAGAGAAAGCACAACACAUCGCUGACAAGCUGUUGCCCGCCUUCCAGACGCCCACCGGUAUACCAUAUGCGUUGGUAAACACACGCACCGGUGCGAGUAGAAAUUACGGCUGGGCAUCAGGUGGCAGCUCGAUUUUAUCCGAAGCUGGUACAUUACACUGCGAAUUCGUUUAUCUCAGUGAUAUAACGGGUAAUCCGCUGUACAAAGAGCGUGUACAAACUAUACGUCAAGUUUUGAAGGAGAUUGAGAAGCCAAAGGGUCUAUAUCCAAAUUUCAUUAAUCCCAAGACGGGCAAGUGGGGACAAAUGCACAUGUCGCUGGGCGCUCUAGGCGACAGUUUCUAUGAGUACCUACUAAAGGCUUGGCUGCAGUCGGGUCAAGUUGACGAGGAGGCUCGCGAAAUGUUCGACGAAGCCAUGGUGGCGAUUAAUGAGCACAUGAUACGCACAAGUUCGGGUGGUUUGACUUAUGUCUCAGAUUUGAAGUUCGAUCAUUUGGAACAUAAAAUGGAUCACUUGGCUUGCUUUGCGGGUGGUCUCUAUGCCUUAGCUGCCAGCACGCGACAAAACCAAUAUGCCAACAAAUUUAUGGAAAUUGGUAAGGGUCUCACAAAUACCUGCCACGAGAGCUACACAAGAACGCCAACCAAAUUGGGACCAGAAGCUUUUCGCUUCAGCGACGCCGCCGAAGCGCGUGCCUUGAAAUCACAAGAGAAAUACUAUAUACUGCGACCGGAAACGAUGGAGAGUUACUUUGUGUUGUGGCGUCUGACGCACGACCAAAAAUACCGCGACUGGGGUUGGGAGGCUGUGCAAGCGCUCGAGACCUACUGCCGUACAAUGCACGGCUACAGUGGCAUCAAGAAUGUCUAUCAGGAGAAUCCGCAGAAGGAUGAUGUUCAGCAGAGCUUCUUCUUGGCGGAAACACUUAAGUAUUUGUAUCUGCUCUUUUCCGACGACUCGCUGCUGCCACUGGACGAGUGGAUAUUCAACACGGAGGCGCAUCCAUUGCCCAUACGUGGCGCGAAUGCAUUCUACCGCGCGGCACCACCUGCCCAAACGCAAGCAGAUGAGAACCGUUAAAACUUGACAAGAGAAAUAUUGCAAAUAUUUCACUGACGAAAUUUUGAGUCUGCCGAGCGUCUUUGACAAAAAUGCAGUUAUUUGUAAUUAGUGUUUUUAUGAUUUUUUUCUUUUGACAAAUAGUUACUUUUAUUAUGCUUUUUAGACACAUAUUGACAUGUAAUUUAGCGUAAUUAUUUAUAAAGAAGUUGGACGUGUUACGUAACCAGAUUUCUCAGCGAUUUUUCAAAUGAGUUUAAUUUUAUUUCCUUUUUAUUUUAAUAUUUUUUUUUGUUGUAAAAAUAUGUAUGCCUGUACAUAUGUAUGUAUAUUGUACUUGUAAACUGACAUUCGCUAAUUUUCACCGCUUAAUUUUGUACAGUUGUAUAAUAUAAGUUAUAUGUAAUAGUUAUUAUUGUAGCGCUUAAUUAUGUAAAAAAUGUAUUAAGCAAAAAAAAUAUUUUCGAAAUUCAAAAUUGCAUUUUUCACGCACGAGACACGAGAAAAACUUCACCCAUAUUAAAAUAAUUUAGUUAAUAACACAUGCAUGUACCAUAUGUAUAAUUAUUUUCACCAUUCCAGACAUUUUUUCUCCCUCUACAUCCUUACAUUUUUGAACUGUGAAAAUGCCAAUAUAGAAACUAUUGUUUGAAAUGCAGAAAGCGAGUAACAGUUGUAUUUACUUAUGAAGCUUUUUAACAGUUAUUGUCGACGCAUACAGAAGCAGUGAAGUUGUAAAGAAAGUAAACUCGAAAUUUAAUAUAAAAUUAGUUAAAAACAAAAACAUUGUUGCAGUACUUUUUUUAAAUUGUAUGGCAAAAUA